AUGGCCACGUCCCGCCGGUUCACCACCAAGUCCCAGUGCUUAAACGGCGGGAUCUACUUGCUGGCCAAUCAGAAGGGCUGUGACGGGGACCGACUAUACUACGAUGGCUGUGCCCUGAUAGCGAUGAACGGCCACAUCUUGGCGCAGGGCUCCCAGUUCUCCCUGGACGACGUGGAAGUUCUCACCGCGACGCUGGAUUUGGAGGACGUCCGGAGCUACAGGGCAGAGAUUUCAUCUCGAAACCUGGCGGCCAGCAAGGCGAGCCCCUACCCCCGAGUGAAGGUGGACUUCGCCCUCUCGUCCCGCGAGGACCUGCUGGAGCCUCUGUCCGAGCCCCUCGAGUGGAAGUACCACAGUCCCGCCGAGGAGAUCAGCCUUGGACCCGCCUGCUGGCUCUGGGAUUUCUUAAGACGCAGCCGGCAGGCCGGCUUCUUCUUGCCCCUGAGUGGUGGCGUGGACAGCGCGGCCACCGCCUGCCUCGUCUACUCCAUGUGUCGCCAGGUCUGCGAGGCCGUGAAUAACGGAAAUCAGGAAGUGCUGGCCGACGUCCGGACCAUCGUGGACCAGCUCGACUACACGCCCCGGGACCCCCGAGAGCUCUGCGGGCGCGUGCUGACGACCUGCUACAUGGCCAGCGAGAACUCCUCCCGGGAGACGCGUGACAGAGCCGCGGAGCUGGCCCGGCAGAUCGGCAGCCACCACAUCGGUCUCGACAUCGACCCCGCGGUCAAGGCCGUCGUGGGCAUCUUCAGCCUGGUGACGGGGAAGAGGCCUCUGUUCGCGGUUCACGGAGGAAGCCGCCGGGAAAACCUGGCGCUACAGAACGUGCAGGCUCGGAUACGGAUGGUCGUGGCCUAUCUGUUUGCUCAGCUGAGCCUCUGGGCCCGGGGCGCUCGCGGCGGACUGCUGGUGCUCGGAUCGGCCAACGUGGAUGAGAGGUCCCCGCCUCCCUGGGUGGGGGUCUCGCCACCACCUGCCACGGCCAGAGGGGAGGACCGACAGGCUUUGCUGGUGGACCAGGUCAGGUGCGGUGCCCAGGCCGACCCAGCAGCCGAAGGGAUGGGCGUGUGUGUGGUCAGAUGUCCAGGUGCAGAACCGGGUGGGGAGGUCGAGGCCCAGUGUCGGGAAUGCGGCUUUGUGGACAGCCGUGUGGAGCUACAGACGUGGCAAGAACUGAUCCUGAGACAGGGAACACGGCCGAGCACGCUGGGUCGAGUUCCCCGAUGCGUGUGCCUGAGUCCGACACCCCCGGCUGCCGAAGGCAAGAACCACGGCGUAAACCUGGCCCUGCUCCCCGUGGCUGCGAAGAAAGCCCUCACGCGGGACCCCAUGCUGGCCGCUGGGCACCUGGGGGUGCUGAGCCCAAGCCGGCCCCUCGAGGAGCCUGGCUCAGGAAUCAAACCCAAUGGCGGUGAUGGAAUCUGGCUCCUGAAUGGGGGCAGCCGCCCAGCGGCCAGGCAGCCGCCGUCCUCCAGGGAAGAGGCAGAGACGGUCAAGAGCACCUCUGAAUGUGACUGUAUCUGGAACCGGGACUUUCCAGAGGUGAUCAAGGAACCUCUCCCCGCACGCCAGCCAGGUGCCGCUGUGGCCUCGGCCCACAAGGGCCUGCCCCCACGGCACACCACGGCCUCCAAGAGCGACAGGCCCGCCCUCACCUUGUACCCGGCCGGUGCGUUUCGCAGGUUCACCGAGAGCCAAAAGACGCCGUGUAACAGUCCCGUGCUGCUGCCGUAG